UUUAAGAUUUUAAAUUCAAUUCUCAGUUUGUUCUCCCUCUCCCUCGGGCUACUUAUAAUCUAAAAAAUAAAAAUCAUCAUCUUCUCAAUCAGACAAGCAAACAAAUACAGUAGACAAAGAUAACUGCAAAACCAACAACAAAACUACAGAUCAAAAAAAUCGAACCAAAAAGAAAGAGAAAGUGAAAGAGAUCAACAGGGAUGAGACCCUUCUAGACUAUUACCCUUUUCUGUUCAUCAUCAACUCUUUCAUAUAAUUUCAUGUAAUUAUUUCGUACAACCCUAAAUUAUAUUUAAUUUCCCAAAUUCCUUUUCUGGGUAUCUUCUAUUUAUAUCUUUUUGGAGCUAAAAAGUUAAGAUGAUUGAUGGCUGCUGCAGAAGCAAGAGCAGCCUGGCAAAGAGUAGCUAACCGUUACUUCGUCCAAGAAGAUGCUAAAAGAGCUCCCAAAUUAGCUUGUUGUCAAUCUUCCACUUCGUCAUCCAAACAAGUCGAUUCCGGACUUGCCAAUGUUGCCGAUCCCCCAGAUCAUCGCACUGUAAGUCGUAUGCGUUAUAAUAGGACCCGAUCAUAUUCUAAUUUGUCGUCUGAUACGAAAUGGUGGGUCCAAAGACAGCCAAAUCACGGGCUUCAAAGAGCCCUGAAUCAGCAGUUUAAUUCUAAGACAGAUGAUGUGGAGACCUUAAACGAAGAUUUACCGAUUAAGAUUAUUGCUACGAUGGAUGAGGAAUGUAUGGAGGAUGUUUAUAAGGAUAUCGAGUCCUUUCUAGACGUCAAAAAACAAUGUGAAUCGGGAUUAGGAGAGCCGGGUAUUCUUGAUAGUAAUAAGGUGGAUCAGGAUUUCCUUGAUGUAAAGAACAUGACAGAUUAUUAUGAGUUAUUGGAAAAGGAGAUGGUUGGUAGUUCAAAUGCAGAUUCUUCUUGGAUUAGAGGGGAGAAGGUUCCUUGGUGGCGUGUGACGGAUGAGGAAGAGUUGGCCUCGUUUGUGGCGCAGAAAUCGCUUCACCACGUUGAAAAUUGUGAUCUUCCUCCCCCUCAAAACAUGCACUCGAGAAGGGUGCCGUAUAAACGAGCGAAGUCUAUUGAUCAUGAUGAGAUUUAUGUGUUGUCUUUAGACUGGGAGGCUCGUAGCGAGGCUGUUUCGAGUCCAUCUUCCGUUGUGUCACAGAGGAAUCAUUGGUCUUCCGUUCGAGGAGUUUCUCAAAAUGAAUAUGCAUCUUCUGAAGUUAUAAGCACAAAGAGUGACAUACCCGAAAAGGGAAGGGUUUCCGAUGAUGACCCGUGUAAGGCGAAGCUACUUGAAGCACUAUGUCAUUCCCAAACUCGUGCAAGGGAAGCCGAGAAGGCGGCAAAACAAGCGUACACCGAGAAAGAACACGUUCUCAAGCUCUUUUUCCGACAAGCGUCACAACUGUUUGCGUAUAGACAGUGGUUAAAACUACUACAAUUAGAGAAUCUUCUCCUACAGACGGAGAACGACUACUCACCUCUUAGCACGUUGCCUGAUUUACUUCCUUGGAUGGCUCAUAAAUCCCGAAAAAGGCUGCGUAAAGGCUGGCAGAAGGCAAUCAAAGCUAAGCGACGUAAGCGAUACUUGCAAGAAAAUGAUAUCGGUAAAUACGCAGUUGCUUUUGCUGUAGGCUUCACGCUUGUUAGCGCUGGGUUGAUUCUCGGUUGGACGGUUGGUUGGAUGCUACCGGCAUUUUAGGCGAACGGUACCUUGCUUUGAAGAAUUGAAGAAGUAGAGCAAUGAGUUUGAGUUUAGGUUCCUGUGGUAUUAAAAUAUAUGUAAUUUUCUUAGCUUUAUGGUAGUUUUUCAGAUUUUCUUUUGAUGAAUAUCUAUGAUUGUAUAGUAUGUUGAGUCUGUCAUAUUGUCAUGUAAUUAUGUAAAUAUUUGAAUGUUACAAAUUCUUAUUUUGUAACAACUUUUCUAUUUCAAGAAAUAUGCAAUUACAUGAUUUGUAUUUCUUAA